AGUCCUAUAGCGUCACAACACUAUUAUGUAAACAAAUGCAUUGACGAGUAUUACAAAAAAAUCUUACUAUCGAUAAUUUAUAAAUCACGAUGCACUAAAAGAUGGUCAUUGAGAUGUGAUAACGCUUGGUUGGAGACACACUAAACUACGUACAGUAUUUUGUUCACAACAGAAUGAAUAAAAAGAGCUUUCUGUAUCGUUUAACCUAUUGUGUUCAACAGGUUUAAAUUGAACGACAGACCGAUCAAGUCACCCGCACCCGAAGGAUUCCAAGCCUUAGGUAAGACGUGGUCAGCAUCUGUCAACAUUCGUUUCAGAAAGGUUUGAACAUAGACUAAAGUGAGUGAAGGCCCCAUCAGAAGUUUCGUACAAAAUGUCAGGCAACGUCAACAGCGUAUUGUGAAUGGGAAUGGGAAUUAAAAAGGCGAUGAGCUGCAGUGAGUAAAAACCAUGUCGUAUGACUCGACGAAGAUUUCACGGCCUUACAAGAAGUACGGUAGUUUGACGGAAUCAGGGCCUGCUUCCAGCAGCAUAGGAAACAUUGAACUGACCAAGUACAAUCCAAAUGUAAAUGGUUCACACGUCAAUGAAGGGUUUAUUGAAGGUGAACCUCAGACCAAGCCACCAGUUAAUCCCUCACCUACUAUCUCCGCUGCGUAUGCACCUCCUCAGCACAAUGUUGAUGACGUAGUUAUCGAAACUAUACCAAAAGCAACCGAGAACCCGGACCCGCCGUCACGGGGAUUUUGGACGUCAGUCGACGAGGCGAAGGUUGUCGUGGGCAAUUUUUACACAGAAAACAGGAAGCCAACACUCUGGACAAUCGCCGCAAUAUGUGUGGUUGCUUAUAUUGCAUACUUCGUAAAAGCACUGUCAUACGACUACGACGAAGCGGAGAUUCUUAUUGUUUUCACGUGUAUUGCAGUGGUCAUUGUGAUCUAUGUAGUAGUUCGAGAUAACUUCGGGACAAAGAUUGAAGAACGUGUACUUAAACCCGCUUCUGAGAAGAUUGAUGAUAAUUGGGGUCAUAUCAAAUGGCCUCUGUAUAUUUUGAUCGUGGUUGCACUCAUUAUUGUGUUGGUGCUGUUGACAAUAGACUCACCGGAAAACCUUAUUUCUCUCGCUGGACUGGCUAUCUUCGUACUUUUUACCUACGUAUUUUCCAAGCAUCCUGGUGAAGUAAAAUGGCGUCCUGUGUUAUGGGGUCUGAUGCUUCAGUUUCUGCUCGGGCUGUUUGUACUUCGCACUAAUAUAGGCUUCGAGAUUUUUGAAUGGCUUGGAGACAAGGCUACUUUAUUCCUUGAGUUCACAGAUGCUGGCUCUAAAUUCCUUUUCGGUGAACUGUACACAAACCAUUUCUUUGCUUUUAAGGUUCUUCCAGUGGUCAUCUUUUUCAGUAGCGUCAUCUCCAUUUUGUACUAUAUUGGACUCAUGCAGUUAUUCAUUGAGAAAAUCGCAUGGCUUAUGCAAUUUACGAUGAAAACCUCAGCAGGGGAAUCAUUGAAUGCAGCCGGAAACAUAUUCAUUGGACAGACCGAGGCUCCACUGAUGGUACGCCCAUUCCUGAAGAACAUGACGCUGUCAGAGAUCCAUGCCAUCAUGACUGGGGGGUUCGCAACCAUUGCUGGCAGCGUCCUCGGAGCCUACAUCUCAUUUGGAGUGGACGCAUCACAUCUCAUCAGUGCGUCUGUGAUGUCGGCACCAGCUGCCUUAGCUAUGUCCAAAUUAUUCUGGCCUGAAACUGAAGAAUCUAAAAUGGUCACUGUAGAACAGGUUAAGCUACCAAAGGGCGAAGAACGAAAUGUCGUGGAGGCUGCUUCAGUCGGUGCUUCAGCUGCAGUUUCUCUUGUUGCAAACAUCGCGGCAAAUCUGAUAGCGUUCUUAGCAAUCUUAGCCUUCUUCAACGCCAUGCUCACUUGGCUUGGCGGUCUUGUGGGAAUUGAAGAUCUCACAUUUGAAUUGAUCUGUUCAUACGUAUUUAUGCCGGUGGCGUUCAUAAUGGGAGUGGAAUGGGAAGAUUGUCGCGAGGUUGCAGAAUUGAUUGGACUCAAGACUUUCCUGAAUGAAUUCGUAGCAUAUAUCAGACUGGGAGAAUUCAUAGACAACGGUCAAAUAUCAAAAAGAUCAGAGGUCAUCGCUACGUAUGCGCUUUGUGGUUUCGCAAACAUUGGCUCAAUUGGGAUCCAACUUGGUGGACUGACACCAAUGGCACCAUCUCGAAAAGCUGACUUUGCCACAGUUUCAAUUCGCGCCCUCAUCGCCGGAACAGUGGCUUGCUUUAUGACGGCUUGUAUUGCAGGAAUACUAUACGAGGAAAUUGACGUUACGACGCUAAUGAUGAACGCAACGACAAUUGCCCCAGUUACCUAACGCAAUUGCUACUUUGAAUCAUAACGUAGAUUGGAAUGAAUGGAAUUCAAAUGAACAU